GGGGAGAGCCAGACGUGCCCCGGAUACAGAAACUCAAAGCCAUUUGAAGUCUUUGCAAGCCAAAAUUUUCUCUUGGGGGAAAAAAAAGAGCGGAAUAACUUGCAGGGAUCCUUCCUGGGGCACCAGAAAUUGUCCCGUGAAGGAAAAGGCAUCUGGAGACCCACCAGAGUCCUUGGAGCCAUCUGGAGUUGCUCUGCAGGACAGAGAAAGGAUGGAGACACAACCUUUGGCCAAGGAGGGAAGCGGAAAAGGUCCUUCAGCUGCUCAGCCUGGGAAGGUUUGGAAGCUCUGGACAAGCACUGGGCAGAAGAUCCUGGAGGAGGAAACCAACCUCCCUUCAGAAGUUCCGCCCCAGAAUUUCAUCCAAUACUGGGGGCCUGAGGGUCCUCGAGGACUUUGCAGCCGAAUCCAUGACUUUUGUAGGCGAUGGCUGAGACCAGAAAAGCACACCAAAGCCCAGAUGCUGGACUUGGUGGUUCUGGAGCAGCUCCUGUUCCUUCUGCCCCCAGAGAUGGAGGGUUGGUUGCGGGAGUGUGGAGCAGAGACCAGCUCCCAGGCGGUGGCCCUGGCCGAAGGCUUCCUUCUGAGCCAAGCGGAGGAACAGAAGGAGCAGGCCGAGUUGCAGUGCUGCACUGUGGAGAUCAGAGAUUCUGAGGGAAAGAAGAAUGCAUCCAACCCCCCUCAGAAGCUAUUUUUCAGUGGGAUCCCUUGGAAAGACCCAAGUCAAAUCACCUUAGGAGAGAAGCAAAGAAUGAAGAUUUCUGGAUUUUACGAUGGAGUUCAAACAGUGGUUGAAUCUCCGAAUCAAGAGAGUCUGGUGUCCUUCGAGGAGGUGGCUGUGUAUUUCUCUGAGGAGGAAUGGUCUCAGCUGGAUCCUGACCAAAAAGCGCUGCAUUCAGAAGUCAUGCUUGAAAACCAUAGGAACGUGGUCUCUCUUCUGGGUAAUAAUGGGCAGGAGAAUCAAGAUUCCUGUGAACUGUUCCAAGUGAAAAAGGCUAAAGAUGGAACUGAGAAGUUAGGAUUUGAAAUGGAAUUCGAAAGCCAUGAGAGAAUCCAAUCAAAUAAUUGGAAUCAGGCAAGCUCAUCUUCCACUGAUGCUCCGAUGCAAGACUUUCUUGCCCAACAAGAAAAAAUAAGGAAAACAAAUGUUGGGAAUAUAAUCAAAGAUAAAUUACAUGUAGAUGAACACUAUUUGACCCAAAACAAAUGCAAAGAGCACGAUAACAUGUUCAAAAGUGGUAGUAAUCUUAUUUCCCAUAAAAGGAUCCACUCAGGAGAGAAACAAUAUAAAUGCAUGGAGUGUGGAAAAACCUUUGCUCGUAACAGUGGGCUUAGAAACCACAAAAGAAUCCACACAGGAGAGAAACCAUAUAAAUGCAUGGAGUGUGGAAAAUCCUUUACUGUGUGUAAUAGACUUACUAAACACAAAAGGAUCCACACAGGGGAAAAGCCAUAUAAAUGCAUGGAGUGUGGCAAGACCUUUGUUCAAAAAUCUAAUCUUAUUUCCCAUAAGAUCAUCCACACAGGUGAAAAGCCAUAUAAAUGCAUGGAGUGUGGCAAGACCUUUGCUCAAUGUAGUUAUCUUUCUUCCCAUAAAAGGAUCCACGCAGAACAGAAACCAUAUAAAUGCAUGGAGUGUGGAAAAACCUUUGCUCAGAGUAAUGCUCUUACUUCUCAUAGCAGAAUUCACACAGGAGAGAAGCCAUAUAAAUGCACGGAAUGUGGAAAGACCUAUGCUCAGAAUGGUAGUCUUACUUAUCAUAAAAGAACCCACACUCGGGAGAAAGUAUCUAGCAAUAGCAAUUCCACUACAAACUUAUCUACUUCUCCAAAAAGCUUUAUAGCAGUCUUUGAGCAGUUUACAAAAUCAGCAUAUCGUCCCAAGAAAUCUAGGUCCUCUCAUAGGCUGAAUCAACUUCUGCCCCCAGCGAUGGAGAGCUGGGUGCGGGAGUGUGGAGCAGAGACCAGCUCCCAGGCGGUGGCCCUGGCUGAAGGCUUCCUCCUAAGCCAGGCAGAGGAGCAGAAGGAGCAGGUCCACUUGCAGUGCUGCACUGUGGGGAUUAGGGAUCCUGAGGAAGAGAAGAACCCAUCAAAUCCCUCUCAAAAUCUAUUUUUCAGGAGGAUCCCUUGGAAAGAUCAAAGUCGGGACACCAUAGGAGAGAAACAGAGAAUGAAGUUUUCUGGUUUUUACAAUGGACCUCAAACAGCGGUUGAACCUCCAAAUCAAGAUCUUGUGUCCUUCGAGGAGGUGGCUGUGUAUUUCUCUGAGGAGGAAUGGUCUCAGCUGGAUCCUGACCAAAAAGCUCUGCAUUCAGAAGUCAUGCUUGAAAACCAUAGGAAUGUGGUCUCUCUGGGUAAUAGCGGGCAGGAGAAACAAGAUUCCUGUGAAUUGUUCCAAGUGAUAAAUCUUAAAGAUGGAACGGAUAAGUUUGGAUUUCGAAUGGAUUUCGAAAGCCAUGAGAAAACCCAGUCAAAUGAUUGGAAUCAGAAAAGCUCAUCUUCCACUGAUGCUCCGAUGCAAGAAUUUCUUGCCCAACAAGAGAAAAUAAGAAAAAAAAAUAUUGGGAAUAGUGUGAAGCUAAUCAAAGAUAAAUUACAUGUAGACGAACACUGUUUAACCCAAAACAAAUUCAAAGAGUAUGAUAACAUGUUCAGAAGUGGUAGUAAUCUUAUUUCCCAUAAAAGGAUCCACUUAGGAAAGAAACCAUAUAAAUGUGUGGAGUGUGGGAAAACCUUUACUCAUAGCAAUGGACUUAGAAACCACAAAACAACCCAUACAGGAGAAAAACCUUAUAAAUGCAUGGAGUGUGGAAAAACCUUUACUCUGAGCAAUAGACUUACUAUCCACAAAAAGAUCCACACAGGGGAAAAGCCAUUUAAAUGCAUGGAGUGUGGGAAAACCUUUGCUCGAAGAUGUAAUCUUAUUUCACAUAAGAUGAUUCACACAGGUGAAAAGCCAUAUAAAUGCAUGGAGUGUGGAAAGACCUUUGCUCAAAGAGGUAAUCUUAUUUCCCAUAAGAUGAUCCACUCAGAAGACAAACCAUUUAAAUGCAUAGAGUGUGGAAAGACGUUUACUAACAGCAAUGCUCUUACUUCUCAUAACAGAAUUCACACAGGAGAGAAGCCGUAUAAAUGCAUGGAAUGUGGAAAGACCUUUGCUCAUAAUGGUAAUCUUACUUCUCAUAAAAGGAUCCAUGUUCAGGAUAAAGUAUAUAGCAAUAGCAAUUCCACUUUAGACUUAUAUACCACUGCACAAAGCUUUAUAGCAGUCUUUGAGCAGUUUACAAAGUCAGCGUAUUGUCCGUAGCAAUCUGGGUCCUCAUUUUAACUGACCUGGCAAAGAAUAAAGGCUGAAUCAAGCAUGAGCUGGUCAGGACUGAACUCCUGGGUGUGAGCAAUUAGCUUGUAGUACGGCAUUCUAACCUCUGACUCACCAUGUCUAUAGAUUUUUAUGUUUAUGCGUAUUGUGCCUUUCUGAUCCAAAUGAGACAAGGUUGGUUCCAACAAAGUGAAAUUUAAUGUGAAGAAAAGUAAAGUUUUACAUCUGGGCGGGAAAAACAUUACAUGAAACCUGGCUCAAGAACAGGGUUGGGGUUAAUAUAUAAAACCAUCCCACUUUGCUUUUUUUGUGCUAAUGAGCAUAGUUUCCCAAUUUUUAGGAUAUUCCAAUAAUUUAUUGUAUUUUUUUUCGAUGUGGCCCUCUUGAAGACAAAUAAAAUAUAAUUUUAACUUU